UUAAAUAAACGUGCCCGACUGACUUCUUCUCCUUCUCUUCCAUAACAACAACACUACCUAAAAAAGAUGCCAGCUCCAUUAUUAGUUAUUGCUACAAAAACACAUGCUUAUCUCGAUAUUUAUUAGGAUUUUAGGAGAGUCUGAGGAUAAGGCUGGUAUUUCUAAAUUUUGAUUUGCCGAUCAUAUCUCAGUACAAAUACACAACAGGUUGUUAGUUUUUUGUUCAAAUUAGUCUGGUUUUAAAAUUCAUUUUUUCUCUUGAAACUUUUAGAUCGAGGAAGAUGGAGGAAUUAGAUUACUUAGCUAAUGAAAGACAAUCAGCUGAAUUUGAUGUUGAAGCUAUGAAGAUUGUUUGGGCUGGUUCCCAACAAUCCUUUGAAAUUUCUGACCGGAUGUCUCGUCUUGUAGCUAGUGAUCCUGCCUUCCGCAAAGACAAUAGAACAAUGUUGCCCCGUAAGGAAUUAUUCAAAAACACUUUGAGAAAGGCAGCUCAUGCGUGGAAACGGAUCAUUGAGCUCUGCCUUUCUGAGGCAGAGGCAGCCAAGUUGAGAUUUUUUGUUGAUGAACCUGCUUUUACCGAUCUUCAUUGGGGCAUGUUUGUACCUGCUAUAAAAGGACAAGGCACCCAGGAACAGCAAGAUAAGUGGUUACCGCUGGCGUAUAGGAUGCAAAUAAUUGGAUGCUAUGCACAGACAGAACUCGGCCAUGGCUCUAAUGUUCAAGGACUUGAGACAACCGCUACAUUUGAUUCAGAAACUGACGAGUUUGUCCUACACAGUCCUACCUUAACUUCAAGUAAAUGGUGGCCUGGUGGACUGGGGAAAGUUUCAACUCAUGCUGUUGUGUACGCCCGUCUUCUGAUUAACGGAAAAGACUAUGGGGUGAAUGGUUUUAUCGUUCAACUGCGGAGCUUGGAUGAUCAUUUACCUCUUCCAGGCAUCACUGUAGGGGAUAUUGGAAUGAAAUUUGGAAGUGGAGCAUACAACACUAUGGAUAAUGGUGUUCUACAGUUUGACCAUGUGAGAAUACCUAGGACUCAAAUGUUGAUGCGGGUUUCUCAAGUUACGAGGGAAGGAAAAUAUGUGCAAUCUGAUGUGCCGCGGCAGCUUGUGUAUGGGACUAUGGUGUAUGUGCGCCAAACUAUUGUAGCAGAUGCUUCUUGUGCUUUAUCACGAGCAGUAUGUAUAGCUACAAGGUAUAGUGCUGUUCGGAGACAAUUUGGUUCACAGGAUGGAGGACCCGAGACCCAGGUGAUCGAUUACAAGACUCAGCAAAGCAGACUCUUCCCUUUGCUGGCUACAGCAUUUGCUUACAGGUUUGUUGGUGAGUGGUUAAGCUGGUUAUAUACGGACGUGACUCAGAGAUUGCAAGCCAAUGAUUUCUCCACAUUGCCUGAGGCUCAUGCAUGCACUGCUGGUUUAAAGUCUUUGACUACUUCCACAACUGCGGAUGCAAUUGAAGAAUGUCGAAAACUAUGUGGUGGUCAUGGUUACCUAUCCAGCAGUGGACUGCCUGAGUUAUUUGCUGUAUAUAUUCCUGCUUGUACCUAUGAAGGAGAUAACACCGUUCUGCUUUUACAGGUUGCAAGGUUUCUCAUGAAGACUGUUUCUCAGCUGGGUUCUAAUAAAAAACCUGUUGGAACGACGGCUUAUAUGGGAAGAAUUGAGCACCUAAUGCAGUGUCAAUGCAAUGCUCAAAGAGCUGAGGAUUGGUUGAAGCCUAGUGUUGUGAUUGAGGCUUUUGAAGCAAGGGCUGCUAGGAUGUCUGUUGCAUGUGCUAAAAAUAUAAGCAAAAUGCCAAGUCCAGAAGCAGGUAUGUUCUAACCUUUCAUGAAGUUU